AUGGGGAAUUGCUUACCUCCCAGAAAAAGGAAUCCUAACACUCAAGAAAAAGUCCAUUCCAUGACUUAUUCUAAUACUUCCGAUGCUUGUUGCAAUAGCUCGAGUCCUGUGUUGUCAAAUCAGAAAGAGAAUUUGACACCAAUCAUGUUGACCACCAAUUCGAAACUUCAUUCUCCCACUUCAACAGCAGAACACAAUUCACAAUCUCCCAAAAAAGGUCAUGCAAUUGUUAAAAUUUUAAUUAUUGGAGAAGCCAAUUCUGGAAAAUCAUCGAUUGUACUCAAGUAUGCAGAUGGAAUUUUCGAUGAAGGAAUACCUUCAACAGUAGGAGUGGAUUUUAAAUUAAAGAAUUUACAAAAAGGAGAGCAAACCAUUGAGGUACAACUGUGGGAUACUGCCGGACAAGAGAGAUACCGAACAAUUACCAAUUCGUACUACAGGGGAAUUCCUGCAGUAGUGAUUGUUUUUGAUUUGACCGUUGAAAAUGCUUUAAUGAAUGUUCAAAAAUGGAUCAAAGAGGUUAGAAAAUUCUCACAGUCUAAUGUGACUAGUGUUCUUGUUGGAAACAAGACGGAUUUAACGCGUGAGAGAGUAGUUUCAGAAAAAGAAGCCCUCGAGUUUGCUCAACAAUAUGAUAUGCCUUAUUUUGAAGUGAGUGCAAAAGACGGAUCAAAUGUUGAUAAAAUGUUUGAUUCCUUAAUUGAAAGAGUAUUGAAAGGAUAG